GGCGCCUUCCGAAUGCGCAUGCGCCGCAGAUUUGCUUCGCCAGGUUUCGCGUUGAAACUAUUUUUUUCUGCCGCGUUUGUGCAACUGCAUGGCCAGAUACAUGAGGCCCCCGAACACAUCUCUGUUUGUCAGGAACAUCUCUGACGAGUCCAGGCCUGAGGAUUUGCGGCGUGAGUUUGGCCGCUAUGGGCCGAUAGUAGAUGUCUACAUCCCACUUGACUUCUAUACACGCCAGCCGAGAGGAUUUGCAUACAUUCAAUUUGAGGAUGUGCGUGACGCAGAAGAUGCCCUCCACAGCCUGGACAGGAAGUGGGUUUGUGGUCGGCAGAUCGAGAUCCAGUUCGCCCAAGGUGAUAGAAAAACACCCAAUCAGAUGAAGACGAAGGAGAGGCGUUCGCCCUCUGGUCGCUCGUCCCGCUACGACGACUACGAGCGAGAGGGCCGGCGCAGGCGGUCGCGCAGCCGCAGCUAUGAACGAUACAGAUCACGCAGCCCGUCCUACGAUCGCCGCCGCAGGCGAUCUGAAAGUCCCAGAGAAUCUCGUGGGCGGAUGUAUGCGAGAGGACGAAGCAGGAGCCGUGAAGGAGAAAGUGGAAGUGGACGGGAGAGACGACAGUUUGCAGCUCCAAUCUCUGAAGUUGGUUCUCAAUACAAGCAGCGGCCCCGUAGAGAGUCCAGGGAGGGGUCCCGGUCCUGCAUGAGGUCUGCGUCUCCGCGGGAGAACGCCAACCCGCCGUCGGCCUCCCACUACACCGAGGAGGAAGUGCGGCGUGAGCAGCGCGAGCAGCAGACCCCCUCCCACUCCAGGUCCAGGUCCGUGUCCAGGUCGCGAUCUCGCUCACGCUCUCGGUCCUGGGCCGGGCGGAAGUCCGGAGGACGCUGAGCAGAAGCCGCCGCCGCCCUCCCGCCCGACUCCCCUCCCAUCCCCCGCCUGAUGGACCUGAGGUGGUCGUUUAAGAGAGGAUGAUUUGUUUUUGACGUGAAUGUGACACCCACUGAACCAUCUGUAGAAAGGUUGUUUUCUUUGUUUUUGUUUGUUUUGCAGCUCCAGUUUCAGCAGCGCUGCUUUCUCGGCUUUGUUUUAUAAAACUGUUUCGUUAAAGCUUCCCACUAGGAAUAAUAAGUGCUGGUUUGAGUUCAGUGGUACCAAGCCAAGAUGAAGAUGGUGUCUUUGUUUUUAAUCGAACAGUAACUGAUCAUUUUUGAAACAUUUUCCACCAUUUUUGCUAGUCGAAACCAGUAUUUGUCGAUGGAUCUGAUGUUUGUGCGUCUCGCUGCAUUUAUAACAAAAUAUGUACUUAAUACUCGAGUGCUGACCUUCCUCAUCACACGUUCAUCAUUUCUCCUUAAGAAUCGGCUUCAACAUUGCUUCAGAUACACAAAUGGUCACAUGACUCCUGCAGGACGACCCGGUCGGGGUCGGAAGUCCCGCAGGGAUCAUGUGACGAGUCCUUGAGUUUAAGAAAUAAAGUGGCAAACUUCCGGGAAAUAAAACAGACUAAAUGCAAGUUUAAUGACGGUUGGCAGUUCUGUGAGUUUAGGUGCUGAGAUGUGUGAACAUGAUACUGUGGUCCUCUAAAAGUGUUAAACUGUCAGGACUGUACUCUCCGUUUUAUUUUAGUGGUGGUUUGUGUAAAAGUAGAUCGUUUCAAAUGGCAUUUUAUUUUAUACAAUUUUUUCCAAAUGGCAGUUCCGAGCGGAGGAAGCAGAAUUUCUCAUCGGUGUUUACUUGACUGUUGAUUGAUUUUCAGACUGACUUUGUCACUGCAUGUUUUAUCCCCUUAAUCUUCUAUCUUUAGUAGGAAGAAACUGUUAUUUUGAGUAAUAAACUGAUGAUUCCAGUAAAAACUAA